AGAUUCUGGCUUGAAAGCGUCCAGUAUGCAUGUGGCACACUAUAUAGUGGGGAUGGGCUUCUACGCCCUCUGCUGCCUCUCUCUGCUACUGGAGCUGAACUCCCGUGAAACCGACCAGGACCUGGAUUUCGUCGGGGGUUUCUGCGCUAUUAGCGGAUUGUCACUCUUCUGCUGGGCGUCUCGACACCAAUACGAGUGUCAUGCAAUUUUGUUCAAGUUACGCAUGCAGGGCGAGAGAAAGACAGACGAUUCGAAACCCGUGUCCAGGUACAAUGUUCCGCACGGUGACUGGUUUACCUAUGUUUCAUCGCCGCACUAUUUCGCCGAGAUUCUCAUCUACACAUCCAUAUACGUGGCGACGGGUCUCGCAAACUACACAUGGAUGCUGGGUAUUUCAUUUGUGAUUAGCAAUCUGGGCUGGGGAGCGUACCAAUCGCAGUUGUGGUAUAGAAGAAACUUUUCUGACUUCCCGCCGAAUCGCAAGGCACUAGUACCAUAUUUGUGGUGAUAAGGUAGCAAUGGACUUAUGACAAGAGUUUCAGGCUCUUCUCCGCCCGUCAAAAAAAAAUAGAUAUUUUGAGGCAUAGUGGCGGGAAGAGAAACCAAAUAUAGAACUGUCAGGACCCUCGAUUUUAUACUAAGAGACUUUGUAAUCGUGGGUGCUUGUCCGUCUCAGAAGUGGAGGAACAGUUUAGUAUCUGGGCUAGAAAAGGGCUGGCGAUUUACUAUCUAGGUAUCGCUUGAUCUAGAUAUGGGUGGAACAUCGACUUACCCCCUGAGCAGGAUGAAGCAGAGCUCGGAAUUGGCUUUGUGAGGCUCGCAAUCCUAUAUGAGAUUAAGUAAGUGACCCCAUAAAAGUCUCACUGGAACGUGGUCAACACAUAUCUCGCUGUAUGAUUGAGGAGUCAAGCCAAGGAGGCAAUUCAAAAUCUGCGUCUAAGACAAUCCAUCGCGAACUUACAACUGCACGGGUAGGUAGCUACCGCCAUCCUCCGGUGACUUGUGGAGAAUCGAAAAGUCUGUGUUUGGCACACACGAGAUUUCUGAAGCGAGGCGACAGACAUGGUCGGCUGAUUCACCAAUGUGUGUACGAUGACAAAUACAAACUCUAGCUCAAAAAAAUAGUAUGUAUGAAGGUCGAAAGUUACGUUGCUUGCGUCCUGGCAAGCCGCCGAGAGCCGACAUUUUGGCGUAGUGACAUUGAGAUCAGGCAUAGGACAAAUAGGCCCAAUAAAUAUUGGGAUACGUUUAUGGAUACCAAUCUACCG